AUGGAAGAAAUAAAAUACCUAAAAGAUCGAAUCGAAGAGAAUCGGGAUUACGAAGAUGAAGAUAUAUUUGAAGAAGUGGAGGAACUAAAAAGUAAGCAUCAAGAAGAAGUCCAACAUUUGAAUGUUGAAAUAGCGAAGUUAAGAUCGGUUGAAAACGGAGAUUUUUGGUUGGAAGUCGAAGAACUAAAACAAGAACACGAAAAGCAAGUUAACCGUCUACGCGACGAGAUUGAGGAACUAAAAAUCUUUGAAGGAAGUGACAUUUCUGAAGAGGUGGAGGAACUGAAAAGGCACCAUUUUCAAGAAGUGGAAUCCCUGCGAAAUGAGAUCGAGAUAUUGCGGCAGAAUGAAAACGGAGAUAUAUUUGAGGAGGUGGAAAAAUUGAAGAAAAACCAUUCCGAAGAAGUGGCCUGUUUGAAAGAUGAGAUCAUGUUCUUGAAAAACGGAGCUCCUGGAUUUUCAUGGAUAAAAAAUGGAAAAGAAAUCGAAGACGAACUGAACAGUCUACGAAGUGAAGUGUCCAGUUUAAAGAAUACGGAUCGCGAAAAAGAAUGGAUGUUUUUGGUUGAUGCCAAAGAAAGAGAAUUAGAGUUAUCGAAAAAAGAGAUCGAAUCUCUGAAAGACACAAUUAAUGAAAUGAAUGUUGUAAAAUGGGAAGAAACUCCUGAAGAUAUACAUUUGAUGGUAAACGAGAUAAAUCGACUCAACGGAGUCGUUCAACUGCUGUCGCAGAAUGAUGUUCAUGCUUCGGAAUUUCCAAAUAUCGAAUGCCAAUGGCCAGAUUCAAAAUCUGAUGCUCUUCUUGAUGCAAAUAUAAGUCAAGGUUCUGUGAUUAAAGAACUUCAAACUUUGGAACUUGUCGAUGAUGAAGCAAAACGAGCAGAUAUUCGAAUGGAAUACGAAGAAAAAAUGAAUUCUUUGAAGGCAGAAAUGUUUGCCUUGAAGAAUAUAGAGAAAGAACAAAUCUGGAAGAACGCUCAGGGGCAUAUUGAUGAAGAAUUCGAAGAAAUAAAGAAAGAUUUUCUGGCGAUGACAACUGCAAAAAAUGCUGAUGAAUGGGCAAGAUCCAUGCAGCUUUACGAUGAAAUAAGACGUUUGAAAUCUGAAUUACUUGCAAAGAAAAACAAGGAAUCAACUGAAACUGGUCGACUCCGUGAGGAAGUGAGGUAUCUGAAACAAGCUCUCUCCAAUUUGAGAAAAGCUAAUGAUCAUAUCAAUACCACGAAAUAUUUGGGUCAAGUAAGGAAGAACAGUGGGGAAACGCUGCAUUCAACAAACCCCUUUUAUCAUCCAUGUAAAGACGAACAUUCGCCAAAAGAUAUGCCGUCUGUAAAAGGCAAUGAAGAUGAAGAAACGUGGAAUCUCGAAGUUCGGCCUCUACUUGAAGAUAUCGCCAAUCUAAAUAAUCAAGUCAUACAGGCAGAAGAAAGGUUAUCUUCGGAAAAAAUAAGCCUGCAAAAGGAAAUUGAAGAACUAGAGAAAGAAAACUCUUAUCUAAGAAAACUAAUUCCAAAAGAUGCUUAUGACAACAUAAACCAACAGGAUCCCAAGAACACUGACGACGAAAAGCUGGCAGUGAUUGCUCAGGAACUUAGCCAUGUUCAACAGUUGCAGAUAGAAACCGAUGAGAAGGCAGCAAAUUACGAACGACAACUAGAAGAAGAACGUUCUCGGCAUUCGGAAGAGUUAAAAAAGAUGGCGGAUAAUCUUAGCAGUUUGAAAGAUUCGAUUGACGAAAGCGAGGCUGCGAAAGCGAAAAGCAUUGAAGAGCGAGAGGAGAUAAUAAAUAACUUGAAAAACUCGUUAGAUAACGUGAGACAUCAGCAUGAGAAGGAGAUCGAAGACAUUGGGGAGAUGUGCAAAGAAAAGACAGAUGCACUGGAUGAAAAGAUUUCUGAUUUAAAGAUCAGUCUAGGAACCCGAGAAAAUGAACUCGCGAAGCGAGUCAGGGAGAUCGAAGAACUGCUGGAUAAGAUCGAAGAGCUGGGAAAAGCAAUCGAACAGUUGAAAGAGGAGAACCAGAAUAAAACACAAGAGAUUGAGAAUCGUGACGAGCAAAUAAAGGCUCUCCGUUCCGAAUUGGAAGAAUGCAAACAUACCGUAAAGAAAACACUGAGCGAAAACGAAAACACAUAUUCUUUGUACCAAGAAGAACUUGGGCGCGUACAUAUUGAUCUUUUGAGGACAAAAAGUUCUCACGAGGCAUUCUUGAAGGAAAUGGAAGAAACUCGAAAUCGUCAUACUGAUGAACUCGCUUUGCAAAAGGAAAAACUGGAAAGAAAAUUUGAAGUUUUGAUUCAAGAGCUGAAAAGAUCACAUGAGGACGAAAUUGAUCAGAUUCGGAUCGAAAUGCUAUCAGCACAAGACAAAUUCAAAGAAUAUAUAAAUAAGAAAAAUCGACAUCUGUCUGAUGACUCAACAGAAUCAGCUGAUGGGCACUUUGCCGGCUUGUCAAGAAUCCUCUCGUUCGAUUCGAACGAGAAGAACAUGGCCGAAAGCAGCAACGAGAAAGUGAGUCGAUCAAAAAGCGAUUCGGAUAUUUUUAAUGAUGAAAUUUUAUCUGGGAACAGCGACUUCGAAAAGCCGAUCAGUGUGAAUCAAAUUGGUGAUCUUGACUGCGCUGUUCACACAAACAAUGGGCAACAUUCUCAGAGGUACCCUUUCAUGACUCGAGAGUUGUCACAAGAGGAGGCAAUCAUUCAAAAUCUGGAAGAAAUUGACAUUCCAGAGAGCAGUCGCAAAGAUGAGAAGAAAUUUAAGAAUAAAAAGAAGAUUUACAAAUCAAAACGGAAGUCACGUGAUCUGCUUCCGAAUUUUGGUGCCAGCGAGGAAACUUUGGACGAGGUUGAAUUAACAGAAAAACAAAAACAAUGUCGUCAACAGUGA